UAAAUGCUUGGAACAGACUCUCGGAGUUGUACGCGUUCUCGUGGAAUUGAGUACAGGUUAAUGAGGUCCCGAAUCGCUGUGCGGAGUCCUUUUCGUAGGAAUAGCCGUGGUCCUAUAUGAAGCAAAAUACUUCUCAUUUUCGGUGCUCAAUAGCGGCGUGGUAGUCCCAUCCCAUGACCUAGGAGUGGGACACUGUUAGGAAUUUAGAUGGAGUUAACUAUCGGCGAACACAAGGCCAUCGUUGAUUCGGGGAAUCUAUAGGAUAUAAGACGCACGGGCAUGAAUACUGUGAGGUACACACACCGACGACAUGCACCUCAAUUUUGCAUCCAUUCUCUUCAUUUUGGGAUGUACUAUCUCGACCUGUUUCAGCAAAAUCUUUGAAACUACAGACGCUCUGCCGCUGGAGUACGACUUUGUCGUAGUCGGAGGCGGGACAGCUGGAAAUGUUAUCGCGAAUCGCUUGACCGAGAAUUCAGCAGUGUCAGUUCUAGUCCUUGAAGCAGGUGGAUUGAAUGAGAACAACCUCAACCUCGUGGUGCCCAGUUUUUGCACGAGGAAUCUGUUGCCGAACUCACCUGUGGAUUGGAAUUAUACGACAACACCAAUGCCCGGAUUGAACAAUCGGUCAGUCGCGUACCCUAGAGGAUUCGUAUUGGGAGGUAGCAGUUCAAUCAAUUUCAUGCUCUAUACCCGAGGCUCUUCCGAAGAUUGGGACCGUUAUGCAGCCAUCACAGGAGAUCCAGGGUGGUCUUGGGAACACCUACAGUCAUACAUCCGAAAGAAUGAACGCUUCGAGCAGCCCGUGGACCACCACAACACUACUGGGCAAUUUGAUCCUAAAGUACACGGCUUUCAUGGGAUAAACACGGUAUCAUUGACAGGUUUCCCAUGGCCGAUAAAUGAGCGUGUUAUUCAAACAACAGCCGAAAAGCCUGACCAGUUCCCAUUCAAUGUGGAUAUGAAUUCAGGGAACGAGUUGGGGAUAGGCUACCCUCAGUGGACCAUCAAGGAUGGUGCGCGAAGCAGUUCAGCCACCUCGUAUCUGGCUCCCAAAUUUCUUCAAAGACACAAUCUCCAGGUCUUACUGAACGCUCGCGUCACUAGGCUUCUAUCAAGAGGCAAAUCUUUCCACGGUGUCGAAUUCACCGUCAGAGGUUCAACCUUUCAAGUAACCGCGAAAAAAGAGGUUAUUCUUUCUGCUGGUUCCAUUAACACUCCACAAAUCUUGAUGUUGUCUGGUAUUGGAGAUUCUUCGAAACUCUUUUCGCUCGGUAUCCAACCUGUACACCACCUGCCUGCCGUCGGCAAAAACCUUUCCGACCAUCCCGUUCUGCCUCUCUCUUGGCUUGUCAACUCGACAGAUACGCUCGACACAGCAGCUCGUAAUGCUACGCUCCUAGCGGAGCAGCUCAAACAAUGGAAUGAUACCCGCACGGGGCCACUUGUCGACGGAGUUUUCACGCACAUAGGCUGGUUCAGGCUUCCUCAUAAUUCUUCAAUAUUCAAAGAGUUUUCGGACCCUUCCGCUGGGCCCAACUCGCCUCAUAUGGAACUGAUCCCGGAAAAUGGAAAUGUCCGCCCACCCACGCCUCCUACAGGCAACUUCUUGGUAUUACCAGCUGUCGUGGUGUCACCACUAUCUCGAGGUGAAAUUACGCUCAACUCCAGCGACCUAUUGGGCCAUCCAAUAAUCAACCCAAACUUCCUCGACUCCGAUUUUGAUCUUUUUGCCAUGAAGGAGGCAGUCAAGGCUGCGAGAGACUUCAUUUCAGCUGCGGCAUGGAAUGGUUACAUCAUUUCUGCCACGAAUAAUGCGACCACCGACGCAGAACUUGAGUUCUUCAUCCGGAACUCUACGGCGGCUAUCUACCAUCCGGUAGGUACGGCAGCUAUGUCUCCCAAAGGUGCAAGUUGGGGCGUUGUGGAUCCCGACCUGAGAGUCAAAGGCGUCGAGGGUAUUCGUGUGGUGGACGCCUCUAUUUUCCCCAUAAUACCUGCAGCCCAUACUCAAGCGCCAACCUAUAUAGUCGCUGAGCGGGCUGCUGAUCUCAUUAAAGCGGCAUGGGAGGGUCAGAUGUAUUGACUUCGAAACGUGUUAAUGUCGUUCGUGUCUUUCAUUCCAAGUUAGUACUUGUGGUAAAAACAAAAUGAUUUAUUUGUCGCCGA